UGGGGACACGUGGAGGCACCGGGAAAACCGAGCGGCCACUUUGGGAACCCCAAAAGAGGCUCCCCGAGCUGUGGGGUGGGCUCGCAGCUCUGGAGGGAGCACACGUUCCCCUUUAAGGUGCUGGGAUCUCCGUGCCAGGGCCUGACCUCGGCAUCCUCAGCUGAGCUGGAUUAACGGGGCAGGGGGAAGGGGCCGGCGGAGGGAACGGGGCUGGGGCCGCCCAGGGCUCUCCGCGCAAACUUUUGGGGUCUCCACAAGUUUUGGGGUCUCCGCGGGGCGCAGCUCGUGCCGGCUGCCAUGGGGACGGGCGGGGAGGUGCGGGGGGCACCUGGGGUGGCCGUGGCACAGCGGGGAGGAUUUUAACCAUGCUGGGAAGCGCCUGGUGCCAUGAAGGAUUUCACCGAGAUCACGCUUUGCCCCGAGGCUCUGGAGCACAGCAAGACCAAGUUCUGCAACCCCGUCUUCAAGGGCGAGGAGCCCCCAGGAACGUCCCCAGACAAGGAUGGGGUCAGCCCCACAGCCCCCCAGGAUGGCCUCGGCCGGCAGCUGUGGGGCCGGGUGGGUGGAAGGUACCGGGCCGACUGUAGGUUCACCUGGCUCUGCGUGGCCCUGAUGAGCGCCGUCCUCCUCUUCCUCAUCGCCCUCCUGCUGGCCAUCGUCAUCCACCAGCUGACGUCCCCGCGGCCCCCCAGCUCCCCCGCCGCCGCCCUGCCCGCCCGUGGCACCACCACCAGCCCCGCAGCACCCACCCCGAGACCUCCCCCGGCCCCAAAAACCACCUCCACCCCAACCUGGAGCCAGCCUCGUGCAGCCAGCACGCCACCACCACCGGCCUGCGGUGGCACCCUGCGGGGUCCCGAGGGCUCCUUCAGCUCCCCCAACCACCCCGGCCCCUACCCGCCCCACGCGCUCUGCGUCUGGCACAUCGAGGUGGCGGCCGGGCUCGCCAUCCAGCUGCGGAUGGAGGCGUUCAGUGUGGAGGGCACGGCAUCCUGCCUCUUCGACCGCCUGGAGCUCUACGAGGAGCAAGGGGACGGCGCCGCGGAGCCAGCCCCAGCUCGGGGGGGCACCGCCAGGUUCUGCGGCAACGUGGUGCCCCCCACCUUCAACACCAACUCCAACCUCCUGCGCGUCACCUUCGUCUCCGACGGCAGCGUGGGCGCACGCUUCAGCGCCCACUACCGUGCCGUGGCCCCCGAUGAGAAGAGCUGCGCCUGGGACGAGCAUUUGUGUGACCGAGGGCUUUGCAUCCGCCUGGGCUUCGUCUGCGACGGCUUCCACGACUGCGAGGACCGCAGCGACGAGGCCAACUGCAGCCUGAAGCACAAAGAGUGCGGGGGCCCGCUGACAGCCCUGGAGGGGCAUUUCUCCACCCCCAGCCAUCCCCAGCCCUACCCGCACCAGCAGCUGUGCCUGUGGCAGAUCUCGGUGCCCGUGGGCCACGUGGUGGAUCUGCGCUUCCACAACUUCAGCCUGGAGCCGCACGAGGACUGCAGCUUCGACUUCGUGGAGGUGCACGACAGCGCCGGCACCGGGGCCGCCAGCCUGAUGGGCAGGUUCUGCGGCCACCAGCUGCCACCUGCCCUGACCUCCUCGCGCCACGUCAUGACCGUGCUGUUCGUGGCGGAUGAAGGAGUGGCAGACGACGGCUUCUUCGCCACCUACCAAGCCCGCAACGCCACGGAGAAGACCUGCAGCCCUGCCGAGUUCUCCUGCGGCAACGGCGAGUGCCGGGCGCUGGAGUCGGUGUGUGACGGCUGGCACGACUGCCCCGACGGCACCGACGAGCUCAACUGCACCAGGGUCUCCUACCCGGCCUUCGGCUCCGUCUGCGAGCCCGUGGAGGUGGAGAUGUGCCUGGGGCUGGGCUACAACGCCACCUCCUUCCCCAACAUCUGGCUGGCCAUCCCGGACCAGGAGGGGGCCGCCGAGGUGCUGCAGGACUACCAGACGCUGAUGGAGCUGGCCUGCUACCAGCACCUCCGGCUCCUCAUCUGCAGCCUCUUCGUGCCCAAAUGCACCCCGGACGGAGGCGUCCUGCAGCCCUGCCGUGCCGUCUGCCUGGCGGCCGAGCUGCGCUGCCAGCAGUCCCUGGGGCUCCUCGGCAUCCUCUGGCCCAUCAACUGCAACAUCCUGCCCGACUCCAGCGACCCCGUGGAGUGCUUCCAGCCCUGAGCCCCCCAGCGCGAACCCUCCUGCCCCAAACCUUCCUCUCCCCUUCUUCCAACUCCUGUCGUGUCCUGCCCCAGAGCCAGGGCAUCCUCUUAGGGCUCAGCACCCCGGUGCCAUGGGAUUUCCCCCAGGACUGAGUCCCUGGAGAGGGGCUGCCCCUCCCUGGACUUGCUACGGGGAAAGAUUUAUGGUGGGGGUCCGUGCCCAGGGGUUGGAGCUGCCCCCAUGGGGGUCUCAGCAUCUCCAGGCUCUGCCCAGCCUCUCCGACAGCUGCUAGCCCGGCAGGGGAAGGGUUAAUGCCCCCCAAAUUGAGGGUCCCCGUGUCCCCAAGACCCCGGAGCCGGCAGAAUAAACAGCGUGAGCUGCUGAGGAUCCUGGUGGAGGGCUCGGGGAGGGGGUCUGGUGCCAGCAACCCCACAGCAGGGAACUCCUGCUCCAGCCAGGGCUGUGGCCGUGCUGGCUGUGCUGGCCACAGGCCACCCCGCUGGCCACAGGGCUGGCAACGCCCCGUGGCCAUAAUCCAGCCACCAGCUAGCCAAAAACUCCAACCCCAUCACACCUGGGGUGAGGGGGGCGAGGAGCCAGGUGGCCCCGUGCCAGCACCCAGCCCUGGGCACCCACACCCACGGGUGCCACCCCCCCAGCAGUGUCCCCUGGGUGCUCCCGGUGCUGGAGGGGGUUAAAGGCAGCCUGGGGGCUCCCCAAAAAGCACCCAGGUGCACA